UGCAACCAUAUGAUUUCGAUUACAAGAUUACAAGCGUGUUCCGUGUUCUUUAAAAAGUUGUUGAUAUUUCAAAUCGGUUAGUUUAAACAGGACUUAGGAACAAUAAACGCACUAGCUCGAAUCUGUAACUUUCUGGUAAAUACAACGAUAUUUUUGUUGCUGAGUGCCAAAUUUAUAGACCGACCUAUACAUCUGUCUAGUACUACAAUUCAAAACAGAGUGACUCAGCUGAAGUUAUGGCGUUAAAAGCAAUCAUUUAUAAGAAUGGAGAGCUUGAUGUUUUGGAUCAACUUCUGUUGCCGGCGCAGUCGAAAUAUAUUUCCGUAAAAGGAGUCGAGGAUGGCUGGAAAGUGAUAAAUAAGAUGCAGGUGCGCGGUGCGCCGGCAAUUGCCAUUGUAGGAUGUUUAUCCUUAGCUGUGGAAGUGAAGAAUGAGAAAUUCGAUAGCAAAAACAACUUUCGGCGUGAGAUUGAGGGUAAACUGAACUAUCUGAUUUCAGCUCGACCAACGGCAGUUAACAUGAAGCUAGCAGCUGACGAUUUGCUUAGUUUAGUAAAUAAAUUAGCGGACGAUGAAACUAUAACGCUAGAAAAUAUUAAACAAAAUUUUUUGGACGCGGUUGAGGGCAUGCUAGAAAAAGAUAUAUCUGACAACAAAGCCAUCGGAAUGAAUGGAGCAGAUGUAAUUCUCUCGCACACAACCAGUGAUACGCCAAUUAAAAUAUUAACCCAUUGCAACACAGGAUCUCUUGCAACUGCUGGUUACGGUACUGCGCUGGGAGUAAUACGAAGACUGUGGGAAAUCAAGCGCUUGGAACAUGUUUACUGUACUGAGACUAGGCCUUAUAAUCAGGGAGCUAGGCUUACCGCUUACGAGUUAGUUCAUGAUAAACUUCCAGCUACUCUUAUUCUCGAUAGUAUGGUAGCUUCGCUUCUGAAGUCUAACAAGAUAGCUGCAGCAGUAGUGGGAGCAGACCGCGUUGCUGCUAACGGUGAUACGGCCAAUAAAAUCGGCACUUAUCAAAUAGCGGUGGUUGCCAAGUAUCAUAACGUGCCGUUCUUUGUGGCAGCACCUUUCACCUCAAUCGAUCUUGCAAUUCCGUCAGGAGACCGUAUCACCAUUGAAGAGAGGCCCGCCAGGGAGAUGACUCACGUUGGAGAGCAUAGAAUCGCGGCGCCAGGCAUUAAUUGUUGGAAUCCAGCGUUUGAUGUGACCCCAGCGGAACUUAUUACGGGGAUCGUCACCGAAAAAGGCGUUUUCAAGCCGACUGAACUUCGUGACGCUGUUCAGAGAAUAAUCGGCAAUGCAGCUAGCCAAUGAAUAAUGGUGGUGGAUCGGACUUCCGUUUUGCUACAGGAAAAUGUAAAAUGAAAUUUUACAUAGAUAGUUAUGAAAGUGUUACAAUCAGAUUUUUAGUCAUUGCAAUCUCUACAGGUUUUAUUGAUUUAAACUCAAAUUUCAGUUCGGUUGCCAUCAAACCGACACAACGUACCUUUAUUUUCCUUAGAAAUUUGGAUGAAAUUUUGAAUUAAAUAGUUUAGAACAGUAGCUAGUUGCACAGCGAAUUGCUCUAUAUCUUACUAAGGUAGUAACAACAUGCGAUAGAAAGACAUUCAUGCACAUGGUUGAUUUAAACAAUCAAAACAAGUUACGGCUCACAUCAGAUUUUGGCAGCAACAGCAACUCAAAUAAGUCUCGUUUCCAAUGCAUCCCCCCCCAUAUAACACCACUAUAUCUACUGCUAUGCAGAACUGCAUUUUACUCUGAAUUUAACUACAAUAUGCAAAUGUCAGACAACACAAAAUAAACAGCCUUGACUUAUACCUACGUCAUAGUUUCAAUUGCCCCAUGAAAUAUGAUUGUUUUAUUUUCAGAUAUGUGUGAAACUAAAUAUGAUUUCAUACAGCGCUAGCUGCACCUGUGAAAACGAAACUCAACCAAAAUGUUUAUUGCAGUGCAGUAUGAAUUCGACUGACCACUUUUCAAAGUAGGUUAUUAUAUGAAUAAAAUUGGAAUAAAUAAAUUGAACACA